UUGAAAUAUGAAAUUUAUCUUUGGGUAAAGAAUUUCAAUGAUACUUCUUCAACAAUCUAUAAACAAGAAUGCGAAUUACUUCGAAAUUUCAAACAAGUAAUAUUUAAAUGUCGAAAAACAAAGAAAAAAUUAAAAUUAGAUAAGGACAAACUGGAGAUUGAAUCAAGAUUAGUUAGUCUCAAUAAAAAUUCAGAAUUAUCUCCUGUAUAUCAUCCACAAUCACCAAAUUUUUCAUUUAUUAGUUUUCUUGUUUCUAUUAAUCAUAUUUAUUUUCAAACAAAUUUAAUCCAACAACAAACAUUACCAAAUGUAAUUGGUAUUGAAUCUUCAGAAGAUUUGAUUUAUACACCAAAAUUUAAAGGAUUCAAAUAUAUUAAUGAUUAUCUGUCAAAAAAUCGAUGUAUAAAUAAACAUGAAUUUUUUUUGAAAUCUAAUGAAAUUGGAAGAAUUAAUAUGACUCAUAAAUACAUUCAUGGGUUAAAUGAUGAUUAUUAUUUAAGCGGGAAGGAAGGUGCAAAAAUAUUAAAAAAUCAAGAAGCAUGUCAUAUUAUUAAUCAAUACAUAUAUCAAAUUACAAAAGAAAAAGGAUUUGUAGUUGUUGGAAGGGAUACGACUUUCAACAUUUUACCUGACACUGAGAUUAAAAUUGUUUUAUCUGCCAAUAUUGAUAUUAGACAAGCAAAGAAAGUUUCUACAAUAAUUGAUAUGACAAAUAUUAAUUAUUCAGAAGUUAUUAAAAAGAUUUUUUCUAUUAUUCUUGAAAAGGAUGAAGAAAAUUUGUCACCAAAAGAAUUGAAUUGGGAAUUAAAUAAUGCUGUUAAUAAUGAUACUUUUGCUGAAGUAUUUCCUAAUAUUGGUAAACACACGAAAUUUAUGGAAGAUUUAUUACUUUAUUAUGAAGCAAGAAAAACUUUAUUCAUGUUGGUUAAUAGAAAAUUACUAAAAGAUAGAGAUCAUGAGUUCUUUAAAGAAAUUAUUGAAUGGAAAGAUACUGUUUUUUCAGAUCCAAAGAAGGGAAACACUUCUUUAUCUUUGAUUAUAUUAGACGAUAUUAAUGAUGAAUUGUUACAAGAGAAUAUGGAGCAAAAUUAUUAUAAUACAAGUAUUGAAGGAAAGAAAUCACCACUUCACAAAUAUUGUGAAAAUUGUCAUUCACCAAAACCAAAUGAUUUUUGUACUUUUUGUGAGAAGGAAGAAAUAUUAUUACAUUUAAAUAAGGAUUUUGAAGAAAUAGAAAAUGAAGAAAAAUCAAGUCAAUCUUCUAUUAUAAUAAUAAAUGAUGAAUAUAUUGAGAAAGAACAAGUAGCUUCUUCACAGAAUGGAGGAAUAUUUGAUUCU